AUGGCAACGGAAAUGCCUCCUGGAAGACCGGGAAAUCUCACCCCGGAGCAGGAAGAGAAGCUACGCCAGCUAUGGAACCUGAUUCUUUCCCUGGGGGAGGGUGCUAGCACCACCGCUGCAGACAACACAUCUGCCAGCAUAGCCCCGACAGAGACGUCGACUGCCGGGAAGGACGAGAAGCCCAAGAAGAAGCGCGUCUCACUUUUCAGUCGCAAGGACAAGAAAGAGGUUGGCUCAACAAACUCUUCGGCUACCGUUCAGACUAUCAAGGAGGAUGGCGACGACAAAUAUGGUCAAACCAAGCAGUUCCAAGAAGCUCUGGCCAGCCAAAGCCCCGAGGCUCUACGCGCCGCAAUUUGGGCCAUGGUCAAGCAUGACCACCCGGAUGCUUUGGCGCUGCGUUUCCUGAGGGCACGCAAAUGGGAUGUGGAGAAGGCCUAUGUCAUGAUGAUCUCCACUAUGAACUGGAGGUUAACGGAGAUGAAAGUCGACGAGGAAAUCAUGAGAACCGGCGAGGCUGGUGCUCUAGAAGCCUCAAAGAGUUCUGAUGCCAACACAAAGAAACUUGGAGAGGACUUCAUGGCCCAAGCUCGGUCAGGCAAAACCUUCAUUCAUGGCCUCGACAAGGCAGGACGUCCUAUUUGCCAGGUCAGAGCGCGUAUGCACAGGCAGGGUGAGCAGUGCGAGGAGAGUCUCGAGAAGUACACUGUCUUCCUGAUUGAGACAGCACGCAUGGUUCUGGCCCCUCCUGUAGACACUGCUACCAUUGUGUUCGACAUGACCGGCUUCUCAAUGGCCAACAUGGACUACACCCCUGUCAAGUUUAUGAUUAAGUGCUUCGAGGCCAACUACCCUGAAUCUCUCGGGACUGUUCUGGUUCACCGCGCCCCCUGGGUCUUUCAAGGGAUCUGGAAGAUUAUCAAGGGCUGGCUUGAUCCGGUCGUUGCCGCCAAGGUCCACUUCACCAACAAUGUCAAGGAAAUGUCAGAGUUCAUUGAGCCUAGCCGCAUCCUCAAGGAGCUCGACGGUCAGGACGAAUGGGACUACAAGUAUGUCGAACCGAUCGACGGAGAGAAUGACAAGAUGAGGGAUACAGCGACACGGGAUGCUCUGGUGUCUGGCCGAGAGGAUCUCAUCCACGAGUACGAGGAGACAACCUUACAAUGGAUCAAAGAGGCCGGAACGGAUAAGGAGCCUGCCAUCAAAGCACGGCGCAACGAGCUUGCCCGCAAGCUGAGAGACGACUAUUGGAAGCUAGACCCGUACAUCCGCGCCAAGUGCUUCCUUGACCGGACUGGCGUUAUCCAGGAGGGCGGAGAAAUCAACAUGUACCCCAAGGGAGCUGUUGCUUCUCAAGCCAUCAACGGCACACCCGCCGUCAAUACCCCGGCCGACGAUGUAGACUAG